AUGGCUGCGUUGCGAGGAGCAGCAGCAGCAGCAAGUUCCGCGGGCCGUGUGAUUACUAGCAUUCGACCUCGUCCUUUUUCUGCGUCGUCGACAUGUAGCUUCUCGACAUAUCAUUGUUUUUCCGAGGAAACAGGUUUAUUACUAUCGUCGGCGACGACGAUGACGACGACGUUUGGAAGAAGCAGGUACAAGUAUAGACCGAAUACAUAUGCGCAGCGGAACACGCGAUGCGCGCGACAGAGAAGGAGGCUGUUUUCGAGCACACGCGGUCGCGGCGAGCACAGAGAUAAAGAUUAUGAUGUCAACCAUGGUAGUGUAAGGUGGACGAUGGCAGGAAUGGUACAGCGGAGGAUCAAUGGCAUACGAAAUGUGCUCUCUUCUCGUGUGGUGCAGGCGCUUAUAGCGUGCGGGCUGUUGGGGUAUAUACUCAAUUUGGAGACGGUCGAGCAAACUGGUCGUCGUCGCUUCAACAUCGUGCAUCCCGAACAAGAAGCCAACGCUGGCGAGAACCUGUAUCGGCAGUACAUGCGCACAUCAUUUCGGGGCAGCAUUCUUCCGCCGAAUCAUCCGCAGGCUCUGAUUGUGGAGGAAGUCAUGGAGCGAUUGAUUCCGCAUGUUGAUUUGGAGUAUGCGGAUUGGAAGGUACAUGUUAUCAAGGAUGACAGUACCGCUAAUGCAUUUGUGCUUCCGUCGUGGGUUUCCCUCCCGUCCCCUUUUAAGAGAGACGGUGGUACUGAUUUCGGUAGAGGAAAAGUAUUCGUCUAUACGGGCUUGCUCCCCAUUGCCAAAGAUCAAGAUGGACUGGCAGUCAUCCUGGGCCAUGAGAUUGCGCAUGCAGUGGCACAUCAUUCCGCGGAGCGUCUGAGUUCCUGGUGGAUUGUGGUAGCUGGCGUCACGGCUAUUGUGGGUCUUUUUGAUGGCUCUGGUCGGAUUACCACCUUUUUUAUGAAUUUUUUAUAUCAAUUGCCGAAUUCGAGGACUAUGGAGUCGGAAGCUGAUAGGAUUGGAUUGAGAUGCCAGACGCCGAGACGCGGUAUAGAGCAAGCGGAUGUGGAUUUUCUGGUCGUUAUGGCCGGACUCUUCAAGCAGGGCUACCAAAGCCACGAUGCCGAAGAUGGCGCUGUCAUCCGCAACAUCGAAGCCUGCCGCGCCAUUUCUCAAACCGUCCAGUCGUCACUCGGCCCAUAUGGCCGCAACAAGAUCGUGAUCAACCACCUGCAAAAGAUGUUCCUCACCUCGGACGCCGCGACAAUCCUGCGAGAACUGGAUGUGGUGCACCCAGCUGCCAAGUUGCUUGUCAUGGCCAGCCAGCAGCAGGACUCGGAAAUGGGCGAUGCGACCAACCUGGUUAUUGUCUUUGCCGGCGAGCUGUUGAAGAAGGCAGAGGAGUUGCUCAGGAUGGGUCUCAAGACGAGUGAUAUUGUGCAGGGUUACGAGAAGGCGCAGAAUGUUGCGUUGAGUGUCCUGGAGGACCUCGAAGUCGACCGCCUAAAGGAAAUGCGUUCACAAACAGAGCUCAGCAAAGCCCUCCGCACCGUCAUCGCUAGCAAACAGUCCGGAUCCGAAGAUGCUCUUGCCGCCCUCGUUUCCGAAGCCGUGCUCGCCGUUCUCCCCAAAAACCCCGUCAACUUCAAUGUUGACAAUGUCCGUGUAGUCAAGAUCAUGGGUGGAAGUCUGGAGCAGUCGCGAGUGAUUAAGGGUAUGGUCUUUGGCCGGGAGCCCGAUGGACAGAUUAAAAAGGCGCGCAAGGCCAAAGUUGGUGUCUUUAGCUGCCCGAUCGAUACCUCGCAGACGGAAACCAAGGGCACGGUUCUGUUGAAGAACGCCCAGGAGAUGCUCGACUUUACCAAGGGCGAGGAAGACCGCUUGGAGGAGGCUAUCAAGGAGCUGUACGAUUCUGGCUUGCGUGUCGUUGUUGCUGGUUCUACCGUGGGCGAGUUGGCUCUUCACUACCUCAAUCGUUUCAACAUCCUCGUCAUUAAGAUCCUCUCCAAAUUCGAACUGCGCCGCCUCUGCCGUGUCGUGGGUGCCACGCCGCUCGCCCGGCUGGGUGCUCCCAUGCCAGAUGAAAUGGGAAGCAUCGAUGUUGUCGAAACCACAGAGAUUGGAGGCGACCGAGUCACAGUUUUCCGUCAAGAGGACGCCAACACCGUCACCCGCACUGCCACCAUUGUUCUCCGCGGAGCUACCCAGAACCACCUCGACGAUGUUGAGCGAGCCAUCGACGACGGCGUAAACGUUGUCAAGGCCGUCACCAAGGACCCCCGCUUGAUCCCCGGUGCCGGCGCCUCAGAAAUCCAACUCGCAGAACGAGUCUCUGCUUUUGCAGACAAAACCCCUGGCCUGGCACAGUACGCUAUCAAAAAGUACGCCGAAGCCUUUGAAGUCGUGCCCCGCACUCUCGCCGAAUCUGCCGGUCUCGAUGCCACCGAAGUGCUCUCGCGCUUGUACACUGCACACCAACGCACCGACGAAUCAUCCGAGGGAUCUGACGGAUCCGACGAGGGCUCAGACGAGUCUUCUUCUUCGUCUGAUGACGAGCCAUACUGGACAACCGGCAUUGACUUGUUCUCAACCUCAACCACCGGCACCAUCGACGCAGUCGAAGAAGGUAUUCUGGAUCUGAUGGUAUCCAAGAACUGGGCAAUCCGUCUCGCCACCGAAGCCGCUCGCACCGUUUUGAGCGUGGACCAGAUUAUUGUUGCGCGUCAAGCUGGUGGACCAAAACCGCCUGGUCAGAAUCCUAAUUGGGAUGAGGAUUAG